AAUUUCUUGUAUACAGAGAGUAUAACGUGAAUUACUUGCUACUCGCCUGACACCUGCUGCUUGUUUGUUUUUCCAACCAUGCAAGCCCUUGCCCCACGACUAUCCGGGGCAAGGCCUAAGGUUGGUGCAAGUAGAUUAUGCCGAUGCUCCGCGGUAGGAAUUACGCGCAAGUUUAGCCCCAAUGCAUUGAUUGGCCACGAAGUUUGCUCUGCAGGGCAGACUUCGCAUAGCCAUCAUAGACAGCAACCUCACCAUCGUGGGCGGUUGAUCAGUCAAGCUGUCGCAACUGAAGUGGUAGCCGACGCUGACGACGUCGGAGUGAGCGAAGCGGCCGACGCCAUCAUUCGCUAUGCCAUUAAUUUUGCGCGUGCGUCCGAGACUUACGAAGUGCACUCCUGGAUGGUCCUUCUUGGUAUCUUGAAAUACGAGAGUAGCACAGCGGCGCAGAUCCUUAAGAAGCUGGGGCUUGACGACCUAUAUGGGGCCUGGCACGAAGUGCUGUGGGCGCUGCACGUCUGCGACGGGCUGCAGCCUCGCAGCUUCUGCACCGAGAUCUCCUUCGCCGAUCGUGCAUUCAAGGUGGUCACGGCGGCCUCGGACUUUGCCACUUGGCACGGCAAGGACAAGAUGUACUCCGAAGACGUCCUUAUGGCCCUCGCGGCAGGCGGCGUUCUGGAGGGGCUUUUCCCCGACCUCAACCUCAGCUUUGAGCGUGUGCGGAAGGCGGUGGAGAAGCAGCUAGGGCGACGGUACCAGCUGCCGGACGAGAAGCCAGAUGCGGAGGAGCGGGGGCCUCUGAAAUCCGAGGACGACGUGUCGUUCCUUUGAGGAUUUCCUUGCCGCUAUUCCGCCGCAGGGCCUCCCUGGAGAGGAUCGGCGUGAAGUAGGUUUUCUUCAGACAAGGGGUGGCAGGGUUCAGGGAGUGUACCAGGAACGAAGGCGGCUCAGCAAAGGGGUAGGAGCUUGUGGGUCUUACGUGGGAAAAUAUGGAAGUUACCUCGAAUUCAUCUGGGCAAGGUUUUCGACCAGGUUCUUUACCAGUUUCCUAUCAGCAGGAGGGAAUCAUAUGAGACGCGAUGGCGUUCCUUCUGCUCGUCCAGGACUAGAUGGGGCGCAAUGCGUGUGUAGCUGUUGUAGGUCUGCGAGUGCAUGUGUGUGCGAGCUGUGCAGUUCGCUGUGCACCUAUAGAACGUUUGUUGCGAGGGACAGGAGACGGAAGCAGAUAAGAAGGCAAGGCAUGCCAGUCCCAUUGGAGAGGAUUUGGGCAGGAUUGGGUCCACCGGCUAAGACCCGUUGCGGCCGC